UAGAAUUAUUUUCCUCCCUGUAGUUAUACCAACCUAGUGCAGGCGAAUCCAUCUGGACUGAGAUAUCAUAACCCCAAGGGCCACGAAUCUUGUGCAGAUCUGUUCUCUCGAAUGCAAUGAGCACAUCUCUUCUUAAUCAGGCUAUGUCAUAUGAGCAGACAAGAAUGAUCAGAGAUUUGUUAUGGUCGAUUUCCCUCCGUUUAGGAGGCGCUGCUAAGCGUAACUAAGCGCCUGCUGGCAAGAAUUUUGCUUCGCUCGAUCUCUGACCGACAGUAUACUGGCUCCUAAGUAAAUAAAGUCCUUUAUAGCUUCCAAGUAAUACUUUCGACAGUGUCGUGCUCCCUUUGUUUUUGCUAGGAGGUACAUCCGUCAGCUUUUCGGUACAAUUAUUUCCUCAAAUUAAGUACAAUUUGAAGAUUGGAUCUUCCAUCCCUGUACUAAAGGCAGGAUUCUAUAAACAAAACCAAAUGGGGAUUGUUCUCUACGUCGUGAUGGGAAAGCAUAUAAAUGCAGAAGGCUUGAAGAAUUCGCGAAUCCAAAAGGAGCAACUUCAGCUGUGUAAGAUUCAGAUUGAAUUGGAAACAAUUUUGGGAAAAGUAAAUGAAGCCAUAAAUGAAUUAAAAGUAGAAGAAUUGCAAUUAAAAGCCGGCGCUGCAACCGCUCUCAGUGAAAGCUAUCGCUCAUCGCCUCCUUCCGUUGCAGUAUGUCCACAGGAAGAGCCCAGCACCAGUUCAUCAUCUAGAUUAUCGCUAUUACAACUACCACAAAGAUUAGAUUACAGCGAAGUCUGCGAAGGUCCAGAUUACAACGAGGAUAAUGUACAAAAUGUAAUUAAUCAACAAAUUAUUGAUUUAGAUAUGAAUGUGGGAAAAAAUAAUGUUGAGGAGGAAGAAGACGAAGAUAUGUAACUGGAAAAAUAAAACAAUCUCAGUAAUAUGAGGCCAUGA